UCAUAAUCAAAAGCAAAAAUUCGAUUCACCAUGUCGUCCACACCAACUACUUCAGCCAUUACCACCAUCUUAAACUCCAAAAACCGUAAUCCCACCUCACCACCUACUGUCCUCCAUCUCUCUUUCACCCAACGCCGUGACUACUUCGCCGUCGGCACCACUAGCGGCUUCAUCAUCUUCGACUCCGACCCUUUUCGCGAAGUCAUCCACCGCGAGUUCACGAGUCUUCCCACCUCCAGCAUCAUCGUUGGCGGUGGCAUUGGGGUGAUUCAAAUGCUGUUCAAAGGUAAGAUAACGGCCAUAGUUGGUUGUGGGCCUACUCCACAGUUCACAUUAAACAAAGUCUUGAUUUGGGAUGAUUAUCGAUCUCAGUGCAUUGCUGAGUUCUGUUUCCGAUCAAAAGUCAAGUCGGUUCGCCUUUGGAAGGAUCAGAUUGUUGUGAUCUUGUUAAACAAAGUAUAUGUGUACAAUUUCGAGGAAUUAGAAUUGUUACGUCAGAUAGAUACUAUGUCAAAUCCGAAGGGAUUGUGCGAGAUAUCACGGGAGUCGGAGAAGGUUUUGGCCUGCUUGGGACUCCACCAGGGAGAAGUUAGGGUGGAACAUUGCGCGUCGAAGAGGACAAAUAUGAUAACAGCACAUGAUUCGAAUAUUGCAUGUAUUGCACUGACACACGACGGAAGGUUUUUGGCUACCGCGAGUAGCAAGGGGACGCUGGUGAGGGUGUUUAAUACUUGGGACGAAUCGUUACUUUAUGAGUUGAGAAGGGGUUCUGGAAGAGCAGAGAUUUACAGCAUUUCCUUCUCUAUGGAUGUUCAAUGGCUUGCUGUUUCAAGUGAUAAGGCUACUGUCCAUGUUUUCAGACUAAAUGUCGAUUCACGGGCAGCAGCAGCUGAGCCAAACAAUUUUUCUCCAACUUCUGCUUCAUUUCUCUCCCUAAUUACUGGUAUUCCCAAGUAUUUAAAAUCUCAAUGGUCCGAGACUCGGUUUCGACUACCUCAAGAAGGUAUUCGAAAUAUUGUUACUUUUGGCCAGCAGCAAAAGAACACGGUGAUCAUUAUCGGCGUGGAUGGGAGCUACUACAGAUGCCAGUUUGAUCCAGAGGCUCGUGGGGAGAUGAUCCAGCUGCAACACUACAAUUUCCUUCACCCAGAGCAAAACUUUUGAUUGGAUGUUACCAAACUAUAGUCUAUAAUUUGUUGUGGUUAGUAAUGUUACUUGUUUAGAAGAGAGUAACAUACAAUACACGUUAGAGAUAAUUAUCCUCGAUUUUGUAAUUAGGGAUGACAAUAGACGCGACAAUGUACUCCAUCCCCACCCCCGAUCCCCACUUAAGGUUGGGAAGGGCAAGUAUGCUCCAUGUACCAAAUCAUUCUAUACUCAUUAUUUUGAAAUCGCCCAUUAAUGAUUUUUUCGUUGU